UUUUCUCUUUUUAUCGCUCCGUUGCCUCUGCCUCUGCCUCUGCUGCUGCGUUUGGCGUGGUUCUGGUGUCUGGUGUUCGAUUUCCAUAACUAUUUUCAUUCCCCUUUAUAGGUGGUAAAAAAAAAAAAUUAAUGGAGUCUCACGAUCAGACAGGAUGCCAGGCACCAGAUCGCACCAUUCUUUGUAUUAACAAUUGUGGCUUCUUUGGCAGAGCUGCUACCAUGAAUAUGUGCUCCAAAUGUUACAAGGAUAUGCUGCUGAAGCAGGAUCAGGCCAAACUAGCUGCAUCAUCAGUUGAAAACAUUGUGAAUGGCAGCUCUAGCAGCGGCAGUGGGAAAGAGGCUGCAACUGCAUGUUCUACUGAUGUACAAAUCGGAACUAUGGAGGUCAAGACAAUACAUGCAGAAAUUUGUCAGGAUUCAUCCUCUAGUGAGAGUUUAGAGAUGAAAGUCAAGGCUGGUCCCAGCAGAUGUACAACUUGCCGGAAGCGUGUUGGAUUAACUGGUUUUAGCUGCAAAUGUGGGAACAUUUUCUGUCCAACACAUCGCUAUUCUGACAAACACAAUUGCCCUUUUGAUUAUCGGACCGUUGGUCAGGAUGCUAUAGCCAAAGCCAACCCUGUAGUUAAGGCAGAAAAGCUUGACAAAAUCUAGGCAUGCACUAAACUGAAGUCAAAUGGAUAUAGCUUGAUGCUUCCCUUUUUAUCAACAUGUCUUCAUAUAUGUUGGCUUCUUGACUUUUUCAGGCGUCCUCUAGUGAUUUUAAUGAUCAAUGUCACGGCAACAAGGACCUCACUGGGGAAUAUCCGUGUUAUGGGUUGAUUGGCAAAGAUUCACUUGCUAGCUAGCUGUUGCUUGAAUGUUUGUGCUAGUUGAAGGACACCGAUGGGUCAUUCUGUAAAUGGAUUUCCUUGUUUGGCUUGCAUUAUUUUGGUGCAUGAAUGCUAUUUAUUACUUAUCUAUGUGUGUGUUUUGAAGUUUGAGGCUGUUUAAAUAAUACUUAUUUACCCUAUUAUGCGCUCUUAUGUGUUCUUCCAAAGUUGGAGGCUGUGGGUUGGACUCUGUCGUAGCAAGGUAUAUUUGUCUUUAGUCCACCUCAUAUGAGCCUUAGGUAUUUUUUAAAGAAAUAUAUUUAAUAAUGUGUCUUAGUUUA